GUACAGAAAAAAUCAAUACGAUCAUGGCGAAGAAUAAAACACUGGCAAUUCUGCUUCUAUUUUCUUUAGAAUUUAUGUUUGGAUUGGCGGUAGCUGCUGAAGAGUCUCCAAAACUCGGAACUGUGAUCGGUAUCGAUCUGGGUACUACUUACUCCUGCGUGGGUGUUUACAAGAAUGGUCACGUAGAGAUCAUAGCGAAUGAUCAGGGGAACAGAAUCACUCCUUCGUGGGUCGCAUUCACUGACACAGAACGUUUGAUCGGAGAGGCAGCGAAGAACCAAGCUCCUCUCAACGCUGAACGCACAAUUUUCGAUGUCAAGCGUCUUAUUGGAAGGAAGUAUAAUGAUCCAGAGGUCCAGAGGGAUGUAAAGUUCUUACCUUAUAAGGUCGUAAAUAAGGAUGGAAAACCCUAUAUACAAGUGAAAGUCAAAGGAGAAAACAAAGUGUUUAGCCCCGAGGAGAUCAGUGCUAUGGUUUUGACUAAAAUGAAGGAAACCGCCGAAGCCUAUUUGGGUAAGAAGAUCAAAGACGCUGUUGUCACUGUACCAGCGUAUUUUAACGAUGCGCAAAGGCAAGCCACUAAGGAUGCUGGCACUAUUGCCGGACUCAACGUGGCUCGUAUAAUCAAUGAGCCCACGGCUGCAGCAAUAGCCUACGGACUGGACAAGAAAGGAGGAGAGAAGAACAUAUUGGUUUAUGAUCUUGGUGGUGGUACCUUUGAUGUCAGCAUCUUGACCAUCGAUAAUGGUGUGUUUGAGGUGCUUUCUACUAGCGGAGACACCCACUUGGGCGGAGAGGAUUUCGACCACCGACUUAUGGACUAUUUCAUUAAAUUGAUUAAAAAGAAGUACAACAAAGACAUUAGCAGGGACAAUAGGGCUUUGGGGAAGCUCAGGAGGGAAUGUGAGAGAGCCAAGAGAGCUUUGAGUAGCCAGCACCAAGUGAGGGUUGAAGUUGAGUCACUCUUUGAUGGAAUUGACUUGUCCGAAUCACUGACAAGAGCAAGAUUUGAGGAGUUGAACAUGGACUUGUUCAAGAAAACGAUGGGGCCGGUGAAAAGAGCUCUGGAAGAUGCAGGGCUGAAGAAGACUGAUAUCAACGAGAUUGUGUUGGUCGGAGGAAGUACUCGAAUUCCUAAGGUGCAACAGUUCUUGAUGGACUUUUUUGAUGGAAAAGAACUCAACAAAGGAAUUAAUCCUGACGAGGCUGUUGCUUACGGUGCUGCUAUCCAAGGUGGAAUACUCAGCGGCGAAGGCGGCGAAGAAACCAAGGAUAUUCUUCUCCUCGAUGUUACUCCUUUGAGUCUGGGGAUUGAGACAGUUGGUGGUGUCAUGACAAAAUUGAUACCAAGGAACACCGUUAUUCCAACCAAAAAGUCUCAGGUCUUCACCACUUACCAAGAUCAACAAACCACAGUGUCCAUCAAAGUUUAUGAAGGUGAAAGAACCUUGACUAAGGAUUGUCGCGAGCUCGGGAGGUUUGACCUGUCGGGAAUCCCACCAGCACCUAGGGGUGUGCCUCAAAUUGAGGUUACUUUUGAGGUUGAUGCGAAUGGAAUCCUGCAUGUGAGAGCAGAGGACAAGGCGGCAAAGAAAUCGGAAUCAAUCACGAUUACGAAUGAUAAAGGGCGUCUGAGCCAAGAAGAGAUUGAAAGGAUGGUGAAGGAGGCCGAGGAAUUGGCGGAAGAGGAUAGAAAGGUUAGGGAACGGAUCGAUGCCAGGAAUAAAUUGGAGACAUACAUAUAUAACAUGAGAAGCACAAUCAACGACAAGGAUAAGCUGACAGACAAGAUCGAUUCGGAGGAUAAGGAAAAGAUAGAGAACGUGCUGAAGGAGGCCCUUGAGUGGCUGGAUGACAACCAAAACGCCGAGAAAGAUGAGUUCGACGAGAAAUUGAAGGAGGUUGAGGCAGUAUGUAAUCCAGUCAUCAAGCAGGUUUAUGAGAGGAGCGGUGGAAGCUCUUCUGCUUCUGCUGAUGAUGAUGCGGAACCAAACGAUGAACUGUAGAGUCAGGCGCUUUUUUCUUUUCUACUCUUACUCUUCGGAGGGCUGUUCUCCUCCCGUGUGGAUAGGCGAGAGUUCUAUUCUUGUGAAUUCCGAGUGGGUCUCUUUCAGGAGAUUUUAUUAUAUGUUCUUUAUUUAAUUAUGUUCUCCUUUUGACGAUAGUGAAUCAUUGAAAAUGUGACAUUGCUAUUAAAAA